UCUAGUACUACAUUUUAAGCUCUUACACUCAGUUAGAAAAAAUAUUUGUUAGCUAUGACUUCUUCUUAUCUCCCUGUCACUAUCUUCCUCUGCAUUUUCUUCUUGUCCGUAAAUGCUAAUGAAGUUACCGUCGGUGGAAAAACCGGUGACUGGAAGAUCCCUUCUUCCUCUUCUUUCUCUUUCAAUGAAUGGGCUGACAAGUCUCGUUUCCAAGUCGGCGACUCUCUCGUUUUCAGCUACGAAGCUGGUAAAGACUCAGUUCUACAAGUGACAAGAGUGGCUUACGAGAAAUGCAACACCACGAGCCCAAAAGCUAGCUACACAGAUGGUAACACAAAGGUGAAGCUAGACCAACCUGGUCCGGUCUACUUCAUUAGUGGAACACAAGGUCACUGUCAAAAAGGUCAGAAGCUACGUCUUGUUGUCGUCACUCCUCGUAACUCUGCUUUCUCUCCGGCUCCUUCACCGUUCGAUGGUCCCGCCGUUGCUCCUACUAGUGGUGCUGAUCAGGUCACCAGCUUCUUUGGUGUCGUUGUUGGGCUUGUUCUUGGAUUCUGGGCCUUGUUAUGAGAGAAACUUGAUAUGAAUUAUAUUUUAUUUAUUAAAUUUUCGAAUAUGAAACUGAGAUCUGUGUUCUGUUCCUAGUCUUGUUGUUACUAAUUUAGUAUUAACAAAUAUUAAAUUAAAUUUUAUUCUUAUAUAAUCA